CUUUUUCGCUGUAGACCAUUAUUACUUUCAUUUUGUGCCUUUCAUACGGUUUAACCAAAUAGGUGUAAUAUAAAAAAUACUUAUUGUUUGAAUAGCUCAACUGUCGCAGCUGUUUCUUCAUCUAAUACCGCACAAACAGAGUCAAAAAUCCAGAUCUAGUGGUCCAUGUUGAGUAAUGCUGUGAUUCCAGACGAAAGCAGAGAUGGCACAGGCUCAUUCUGAAAUAUGUGAACAGCAGCUGAAUGGAGUUUCAGAGGAAAUAGAGUUACUUCACAUUGAAGUGUUUACAGAUGAGGGUCAGGACAGACCCGGAAGAGAGGAUGCACGGUGUUCUAGGAAUGUGUUGAGGAAACAGAGGCACUGGGAGAGGCAGGUGGCAGCAAAGAAGAGCAAGAGGAAAGAGGAGAAGAUGAGGAGGAAGCUGAACCGGGAGCAGCAGACGGGUGGUCGUGCUGGAGGUCCUCUGUUGACCAAACGGGUGCUGAAGGCGAUCACCAGGGAGCGUUUAGCUGAGGCUCAAUGCACAGGCCUCAAACUGUGUGUGGACUUAAGUAUGACAGACUCCAUGUCCAGCAAGGAGGUCAGUCGACUGGCCGGACAGUUGCGUCGUCUGUACGGCUCUAACAGGAAGGCGACUCAGCCGUUCCACCUGUUCCUGACCAACCUGAGGGAGGACAGCUGUCUGUACAAAGAGUGCAUCAGGAUGAACUCUGGAUUCCUUCGUUACAUGAUGGACGUAACAGAGGACAGCUGUCUGGAUUUGUUUCCCCCAGAAACCGUUGUCUACCUCACACCAGAUGCUGAGCAUGCUUUGGAAACUGUGGAUUCUGACAAAGUGUACAUCCUUGGUGGCCUUGUGGAUGAAAGUGUCCAAAAGAGGUUGAGUCUGUCUCGGGCCACAGAGCUGAGUGUCCACACGGCCAGGUUACCCAUAGACGAGUACAUGGUGAAGAAACACAACCCCAAAAACUUCCACUCCAAAAUACUGGCAAUUAAUCAGGUGUUUGACAUCUUGUUGACGUUCUGCCACACUGGGAGCUGGACAGAAGCUUUCCAUACAUGGUUUCCUCAGGGGAAGGGUUACAUCGUUGCCCAAGACGUUUCCUCAACGCCCGACAUCACUGUUGCACAAAGUUAGCGUGGGUUCAGAGUUUAUAUUUCAUAGUUUAUACAGAUUAUUUUGGGAAUCUUGGGCAGCAGCGGGGGGCUGGAGGGAGGUGUGUGUGGUGCAAUUGCAUCAUUCAUGGAUGUCGGUAAUGGGUGGAUGUGUUUGGACUUCUACUCCCUGCAGUUCAAUGAGUACAGAACACAAUCUCAUUUUAAACACAUUUUGCACUUUCUCAGGAAUAAAAAUAACUUGUCUUAAGUUCCUUGGAAUGUCAGAUUGGUCUCUAAAAACAUUUCUACAGACCAUUACUAGUGUUAAUCGUUGUAGUUAGCCAAUCCCUCAGGGCAUGUGCACUGUUUUCACCAUCAUCCAUGAAGCCUUUAUCUUUAAUUUGGGAAUGGUUCACUUUGUUUUCUAUGGCCUCUCCUUAUUUUUUUAAACACUAUGUAAAUAUUCAGCUUUUGUAGCAAUGUCUGUGAUAUUAAUGUGACUCUGAUUCAUUUCAAAACAUUAACAAAGUCCAGUAAAUAUAACAAAAAACCCCCCCGAAAAAAACAUGUUAAUGGUUAUGAUUCAUGUUUUUAUUGAUCUGU